UCAGACGCUUCAAUCCUGAAGGGUAGCCUUGACGUGUUACCCUACUGCUGUCGACCAUGUUUGUGCUACACUGGGCCCCCGUCCUCGUCUCUCUGCUGUCCUUCAGCGCGGCAGCACCCACAACAGACGACUGCAGCCAGCUGACCCAGCUUCUGACAGCGAAUGACCUCCAUCAGAUCUUGGGGAAGUGGAUCUUUAUCGAGGGGUGUUCCAAUAAUGAGAUUUUUGACAGCGUCUUUAAAAAUACUGAAAGUAUGUGGAUGAUGUUGAACACAACAGCAGACAACCAGACCUUGGUGUUAGAUCAGGCCAGCCAGCUGGUACCCCAGCAGCAUCAGGCAACAAUGCAAAGACAAUGCCUCAGAGGUUCUCACAAUGUGCCCAUCGUCGAUGACAAAGUCUUGGAGUUGCACUUUGCAGUCGCCCAUACCUACCACAGGUUCCUGCAGACCUGCCUUGACUGUUUGAUCAUGUACACCUACACAAAAGAGAAUGACUUCCAAGCAUUGUACUUAUUUGGGAAGAACACGACACUGACAGCCUCUGACUUGGAGACCUUCAGGAAACAAGCUGCAUGCCUCAAGUUUCCCCUGCCGGCAAAGUUUCACUACGACACCAGCAAAGAGCUGUGUCCCAUGUAGGAAAGAAGACUCUUCAUGACAGAACAAACAGAGGGCUGCAAAUUUUAUUUUCAUUAUUGGUUAAAAUAUUAAUGGUUGAUUUCACUUUUCUUUUAUUAGUUUAGUAACCGUUGCAGUGUAAGACAAUAAAGACAAAUGUGUCCAAAA